GUCUUCUUCGACCGAGGCUGGAAAAUCGAAUCACGGACACUUGGAAGGCGCUGCAGGCUUUGCUGGCCUGAUGAAGGUGGCAGCCUGCCUCCAGCGCCACGAAGUCCCACCGAACAUUCACUUCCAGGAGUUGAAUCCACAUAUCUCCCUGAGCUCUUCGCGCUUGGAGAUGCCCUUGAGUGUGUCGGAGUUGACGUCCUCUCAGGCCCCGGCCAUGGGCGUCUCUUCCUUCGGCUUCGGAGGCACCAACACCCACGCGUUGUUGAUGUCCUCAAGGACCAAGGAGGCACCGGUGGAGCCGGAGUACCCGAAGAAGGUUGCUUUCCUCUUCACAGGCCAGGGCAGCCAGUUGCCAGAGAUGGGCUUGAAACUUUACAAGUGCGACGAAACGUUCAAGGCAGCCUUAGACCGCUGUGCCCAGCUGUUGGAGGGCCAUCCCUUGUUGGAGCCCACCGGGGACCUUCGAGACAUUCUCUUUGCGGGUGGAGCAGAGGCCGCCUUGCGUUAUGAUCAGUCGACGUCUCUUUCACAGCUGGCCAUUUUUGCCAUUGAGUUUGCGCUGUCGGAGACCUGGAAGGCGCGUGGCCUGGAGCCCUACGCAGUGCUGGGCCACAGUGUUGGGGAGUACACGGCUGCAGUGGUGGCCGGCAGCAUGUCCUUGGAAGACGGCUUGCGAUUGGUAGCCAGGCGUGGUGAGCUGAUCGACCAGAAGUGUGACAUUGGUGUUGGGUCGAUGGCCUCGAUUUUCGCCAGCCGGGAGCAGGUGCAGAAGGCCUUGCAGGAGGUGCAGAAGGACCUGAAGGACCAGUGCGUGGUCAUUGCGGCCAUCAAUGGCCCAGCGCAGACGGUGGUCUCUGGACACAAAGGGGCUGUAAAGCUGGUUUGCGACAAGGUGGGUGCACAAAGCAAAGUGUUGAGCAUCCCUCACGCUAUGCACUCGCCCUUGAUGGCGCCUGUGCUGCCUGAGCUCCUGGAAGCCGCGAAGGGCUGCAAGUUGCAGCCACCUCGGAAAGAUGUGCACUUCAUCUCCAGUCUCUUGGGGAAGGAGGUCUCUAAGGAGCUUUGUGACCCUGCGUACUGGUUGGGUCAUGACGAGGCCAAGCCUAUGCUCUUUGUACAAGGGAUGUCGAAACUCCGACAGCUGGGCUGCGAUGCAUUCCUGGAGAUUGGCCCGCAGCCAGUGCUGGUGAAGAUGGGCCGCCGCUGCGUGGCGGAAGAGGAGAAGGACCAGGAGCAUUUGGAGAAGCUCCAGUGGCUUGCUAGCUUGCAGCCGGGACGUGAUGAGGUCGAGAGCAUCCUGAUUUGCACCCGCGCCUUGGGCGUGGCCUUCUCCCAACCCUCGGAGCUCACGAACCCGCAAUCACUGCCAUGGCGGCCACCGAUCCUGCACCCAUUGCUCGGCCGGCCGGUGGAUGAGUUCCUCUUCGAGGCCAGCGAAGGCUGCACCGACCUGGAGGGUCAGCAGAUGCAGCUCUUCAAUCAGCACCAAGUCUUCGACCGUGUGGUGCUCCCUGGUGCCAGCCACCUGCUGCUGGCAGCUGCCGCACACCUGGAGCAGCUGGGCGGGCGCGCAGCGACCGCACUGGAGCUGACCGAUGCCAUUUUCGAGCUUCCCUUUGUGGUGGAGGCACCCUUGAAGGUGCAAUGCUAUGCCUCGCCUGAGCGCACCGAAGUGCUCAGCCGUCCUGCCGACGAUGACACCGCGGCGCCCACCGUGCAUGCACGCGUGGGCGGCGUGCGACCGGUCGCGCUGGAGAGGGAUGCCGAGAAGUUGCAGAAGUGGAGAGAGCUUUCUGCCGAUGGCAAGGCAAUCGAGAACCUUGAAGAUCUUUACAAAGCCUUCCAGGAGAAGGGCCUGAACUAUGGGGAGUCCUUCCAGACCUUGACCAGCGAGACCAUCUUCGGCGAGAAGGCCGCUCUGGCGCGCCUCCGCAACCCAUCCAAGACCAGCUGGGAGAAGUCCUUGCAGCUGUUGCACCCCGCCUUGCUGGAUGGUGCUCUGCAACUUCUCGUGGAGUCCGCCUCCCGUGGUGCGCCGGGCACUACUUUCCUGCCCUUCGCGGUGCGUCGCACCAUCUUGGCGGCGCAGUGUCCAACGGGCGAGCUUUGGGCAGGCAUCCAGGUGCAGGAGCGCUCUGAGACCUCGCUGGUGGCAGAUGUCGAGGUCUUCACCGCAGAGGGCGUCUUGGCGGCGCGCCUGGAGGGUGCCAGCUGCCGGAAGGCGGAAGCCAUGCAGGAGCGUGAUGCCUCAGACGAUUGCUUGUACGAUAUCGAGUGGAAGGACGUGAAUAUCGUGGGCGAUUCGGAGGACGCUGCGAAGAAUGCGUCUGAUGGUCCCAAGGUGGUGGUGAGCAACGACAGCACCCGCGGCACUCGCUUGGCGUCAGUCUUGGGCUGGCCGGAUGCUCGCGUUGUGAAGUUGGACGAGGUGACCGAGCAGCUGGGCUCGAUGAAGAUGGGCUCCAUCGCCUAUGAAGCCGUGGGCGAGCAGCUGGACGCACUGGACGGGGCCCUGCAGUUGCUGCAGGCACAUGUGCGGAGUGGCAGUGGUGCACAACUGCUGCUGUGCAGUGGUGGAGCACAAGGCGUCCAGAUGACGAAGACCAGCCAUGAUCCAGAACACGCAGGUUUAUGGGGCCUGGCGCGCUCUGCCCGGAUGGAGCAGCCAGAUUUGAAGGUCACUUGUUUGGACCUCAAUGGUCGCACCUGGACCGAUGCCUCUGCGGCCGCGGCCGUGGAUGCGUGGCCCAACGUGGAGCGGGACCUGGCGGAGCGAGGAGACGCUUUGUUGGCUGCACGCCUGGCAAGGAGCAGCUCCACGGCCAGCAGGCCUUUGCGUCUUCACAUGCCGCGCCGCGGCAGUCUGACGAACCUGCGGGCACUGCCACAGACCAAGCGACCAAGCUUGAAGGCCGGUGAAGUGGAGGUCCGAGUGGAAGCCAUCGGCUUGAACUUCCGAGAUGUUUUGAAUGUCAUGGGCAUGUACCCAGGCGAUCCUGGAGACCCCGGUCUGGACUGCAGUGGCACAGUGGUGAACGUGGAAGGUGGGAAGAACCCAGGUGGCCUCCGUUGUGGAGACGAUGCCUUCGGCAUUGUCUGGGGGUGCUUGAAGACCUAUGCAACAACUCCCUGGCAACUGUUGGUGCCCCGCCCUGCGGCUUGCAGCGCUGCGGCGGCAGCCGCACUCCCGACGGUGUACACUACGGUGGACGUGGCCUUUGCAGAGCUUGCUAAGCUGAAGAAGGGGGAGAAGGUGCUGAUCCAUGCAGCCACGGGCGGCGUGGGCUUGGUGGCAGUGCAGUAUGCGCAGCGCUUGGGCGCUGAGGUCUACACCACGGCUGGGCGUGAAGAGAAGCGGCAGCACCUGAGGGACUUGGGAGUGAAGUUCAUCACCUCCAGCCGCAAUGGCGAUGAGUUUGAGAAGGAGAUGAAAGAAUUCCUCAAGGGUACGGAUGGCAUUCACGUUGUGUUGAACAGCUUGAGCCAUGACAACUACAUCGGCCGUAGCUUGGGAUUGUUGGCCAAAGGUGGCCGUUUUGUGGAAAUUGGCAAGCGCGACGUCUGGACAGUGGAAGAGGUGGCAAAGUUCCGAAAAGAUGUGAAGUACUAUCCUUUGGCGAUCGAUGGAGUUUGUGAGAAUGAGCCGGACCGCUAUCAGGGCCUUCUAAAGCGCUUGGAGAAGGACCUGCAAGGCUCCUGGAAGCCGCUCGAGGCGACGGAGUUUGAAGGUCUCAGCAAAGGCGUGGAGGCACUGCAGUUCCUCCAGCGGGCACAGCACAUUGGAAAGGUGGUCCUCACGGUGCCGCGACGCAUGGGGGUCUCAGCGGAUGCCUCCUAUGUGCUCAGCGGCGGGAUGGGUGCCUUGGGUUUGGUCACUGCACAAGCGUUGGCGGAAGAGGGUGCCAAGAGCUUGCUGCUGAUGUCCAGGAGUGGGCGUCCUGGUGCGGAAGUGCAGAACCAGUGGAGAUGGCUGCAGGAGUCGGCGCUGCAGGUCACAGCCUGGGCCUGCGACGUGAGCAGCGCCACGAAGGCCGAGCUGCAGAAACGGCUCUUGGCGCCCAGCGCCACAGAUGGCCCACGCAAGAAGUGCCCCGUCAGGGGCAUCUUGCAUUUGGCGGGUGUCUUGGAUGAUGCCAUGCUUCCACAGCUGACUCGUCAGCAUCUGGAGCGGGCCUAUGCUGCAAAGGUGGUUGGUGCUAAGAACCUUCAUGCGGCAGCGAAUCUGGAUUCGCUGGACUUCUUUCUGCUCUACUCCUCAACUGCCGCUCUCCUCGGUGCAGCAGGUCAGGGCAACUACGCAGCUGCCAACACCUGCCUCGAUGCCUUGGCACACCAUUGGAACCUGCAUGGCUUGAAUGCGAUGAGCGUUCAAUGGGGCCCCUGGUUGGAAGUGGGUAUGGCAGCCCAGAACAACUCCUUUGCACGGCUGAAGAUCAACGGUAUCAGCAACGAGUUGGGCAUGUCAGUGAUGGCCACCGCCUUGCGUGGCGGGCUCGUGAACAGCCGCCUGGGCUGCGCUCCUGUGCAGUGGGCCGGCUUCCUAAAACAGUUCCCGCAGGGUGCACCCAAGUACUUCAAGGACUUCCAGGGUGCGGGCGCCACCCGGGCAGCUGCUGAACGCUCGGAGGCCGUGGCGCUCAGCCCUGAGGCCGUUAGUGGCUGGAUCAGCUCAGUGGCUUCGGACGUGGUGGGCUCAGCAGUGGAUGUGGACGAGCCCUUGAUGGCUGCCGGCAUGGACUCCUUGAGCUCGGUGGAGUUCCGGAAUCGCCUCAGUGCCGAGGCAGGCGCUGGCAUCAAGUUCCCGAACACCUUGAUGUUCGACCACCCCACCUUGCGCGCCAUCACCGAUCUAGUGCAGUCUCAGCUGCAGACGACGGCGCCUCAGCCUCUCACCCGAGUGGCCAGGGCUGCUGCAUCAUCAGGUAGUGCUGUGGUGGCGUGCAGGGGCAUGACCUGCCGCUUUCCAGGAGGCGAAGGCUUGGAGAUCUGGUCGAACUGGCUUCAACGGCAGGAUGCUAUCACGGAAAUCCCCUACCUGCGUUUCGACUUGCAAGAGUUCUUCGAUCCGGACAUGGAAGCACUGGGUAAUGUGAUGUACGCCAAGCAUGGUGGCUUCGUUGAGGGCGCCGAGAUGUUCGACAGCGGCUUCUUUGGGAUGUCAGCCGCUGAGGCCAAGACCAUCGAUCCCCAGCAGCGCUUGGCGUUGGAAGUCUCCUAUGCGGCAUGUCACCACGCGGGUCGUGCCAAGCAGGUGCUUUUGGGCUCUGACACUGGAGUCUUUGUGGGACAGUGCAACAAUGACUGGGCCAAGUUCUCAAGGGAGCGCUCAGCCAACCCCUACACUGGGCCUGGCACGCACGCAUCUAUCUCCUCGAACCGAAUCUCCUAUUCCUUGGGCCUUCGGGGAGCGAGUGCCUCAGUGGACACGGCCUGCUCCUCCUCGUUGGUGGCGCUGCACAUCGCCUGUAAGGAACUUGGCCUGGGCAUGGAGGCAGCGCUGCUGACGGGUGUCCAGCUGAACUUGAUCGCAGAGCCAUUCGUCGCCUUCUCAAAGGCGCGAAUGCUGGCGCCCGAUGGCCGCUGCAAGACCUUCGAUGCCUCGGCCAACGGCUACGUGAGAGGUGAGGGUUCCGGCUCCGCCUUGCUCGAGUUGGGCACUGAUGGACCGUUGCCUCUUGUCGCGGCAACGGCCUCCAAUCAGGACGGCCGUAGUUCUACCCUGACGGCGCCCAAUGGCCCGGCACAGCAGGAGGUGAUCCGGAAGGCAUUGUCCUUGGCACAAGUGGGCGGACAGCAGCUGCAGCUGGUGGAGUGCCACGGGACGGGCACCGCUUUAGGAGAUCCCAUUGAGACUGGAGCUUUGAAGGCCACCCUGGCUGAAGGCCGUCUCACGCCCGUGAUGCUGGCGACCGUAAAGACCAACAUUGGCCACUUGGAGGGCGCAGCUGGUGUUGCUGGCUUGGUAAAGUCCUUGUUGGCGCUACAACACCGACAAGUUCCGCCCAACGUGCACUUCUCGAAGCUCAAUCCCACCAUCGAUUUGGAGGACUUUGCAGCAGAGAUCCCCUUGACAACCACCCCGUUGUCGGGAAGCAUGCUGUCGUCAGGCCUUUCUUCAUUCGGCUUUGGUGGCACGAACGCGCAUGUCACAUGCAAGACUGGAGAUGUCGCCACAGCCUCCAUCAAGAAGGCGGCGAAGAAGCGUGCGGCCUUCCUCUUCACAGGGCAGGGCUCACAGCGUGUGGGCAUGGGAAAGCAGCUCUAUGGUAGCGAGGAGUCCUUCCGGAGUGCCCUUGACUGCUGUGCAGAGCUUUUGGAUCCACUCUUAGAGAAGCCUCUUUUGGAUGUUCUCUUCAAGGAAGAGCACCAAGAGCUUUUGGAUCUCACACAGUAUUCACAGCCGGCCAUUUUCUCUAUCGAGUAUGCACUGUCGGAGAUGUGGAAGGAGAAAGGUAUCGAGCCGGUGGCCGUUUUGGGCCACAGCGUUGGCGAGUUUGCUGCUGCCGUCUGCUGCGGUGUGCUGUCCUUGGAAGAGGCCGUGGCAUUGGUGGCCGCCCGCGGACGGCUCAUCGCCGAGAAGUGCCCUGCGAAGGCGGGCGGCAUGACGGCUUGUGGCUCGGAGGAAGUGCUGAAAGCCAUGGAGUCAGUGGACACCGAGGGACAGGUCUCAGUGGCCGCGGUCAAUGGUCCGAAGAUGACAGUGGUCUCAGGUCGCUUGGAUUUGGUAGAGGCGGUGGUGAAAGCGACUGGCGCUGGAAACAAGGCGCUGAACGUCUCCCAUGGCUUCCACUCCCCGAUGAUGCAGCCCAUGCUGGAUGCCUUCCGGCAAGAGGCGUCAUCAGUGACCUUUUCCAAGCCGGCGGGCGGUGUGCGUUUCAUCUCGACGGUCACUGGAAAGGAGGAGACGGACGCCUUGACGCAGCCGGACUACUGGGUCCGACACGUCUCACAGGCAGUGCGCUUCUACGAAGCCGUGAAAGGCUUGGAAUCCAUGGACGUGGAAGCGUACCUGGAAGUGGGGCCUGAGCCGACAUUGGUGAAGAUGGGCAAGCGAUGUGUUACAGGCCCAGCAGCCCAAAAGGAUUGGCCAUGGCUGCACUCCAUUGAGCCUGGAGAGGAUGAGGCCUUGAGUGUCAACAAGGCACUUGUGACCCUCCAGGGUGGCUUGCCUCCUUUGACCUUCAAGCGCAUGGCCUACCCCUGGCGUGAUGCCGGGCCUCGGCUGCUGCGCAAGCGCAGUGAGGGCAAGGGUGAAGUCUACUUCGAUGUGCCGGUGCGCGCGGAUGUCUUUGGAGUGGCUGCUGAGCACGUGGUCUACAAUGAAAUCGUGGUACCAGGUGUGGUCUUCGUGGAGAUGGCCAUGGAGGCUUCUCGUGCCCAUCUGGGCCCUGAGGCCCAACUGCGAGACGUGCAGAUGGUCUGGCCUUUUGUCGUGCCCAAGGACGGUGAUAGCGAUGCCAAGCAGAUGACAAUGAGGUUGGCCAUUAUUGGCAACAAACGCUUUGAGCUCCGGAGCCAAUCCGCCGGCGACGACGCCUGGACCACCCACUGUGAGGGCAAAGUGGAAGCCACAGGUGGUGGACAACGAGCGGCAGAGCAAGUGGAUGCAGAGUUGUCCCUCAGCGCCUGCUCCAAGCGAUGUCCUGAAGAGGUGGACCCCAAGAAGCUGUAUCCUCUGGUGGACAGCACGGGCCUGUGGCUCGGGCCGAAGUUCCAGGUGUGCCACGACAUGCGGCGGAAUCCGGACGAGAUUUCCUGUCGGAUGAAGCUGAACUCAGACGUGCCCAACCAAGGCUACAUCAUCCAUCCGUCUCUCUUUGACGGCACCAUCCACGCGGUCUGCGCCACGAUGUUCGAUCAAGAUCCACCCUUCUUGAAGAUCUUUGCGGGGGUUGGCAAGGUGACUGUGGUCACGAAGGAGGCACCCAAAGAUGAAGCAGUGAUCUUGCACCUGAGCAUUACCGAGAAGACAGACCAGCAGCAGAUCUUUACUUGCCAAGUCUUCACGGAGCAGGGUGCCCUCCUCUGGCGCUUGGAGGAUGUGAUCUUCCGCAAGGUUUUGCCUGAACAAAUCCAGAAAGCUUUGGCCGCCACCAAGGCGAAGGACGCAGUGAGCUACUUUGAGACGUCCUGGAAAGCCUUCGGCGAGCUGGGUGAUGCGGGUGAGGAACAUGGCUUGCUGCCGCUGACGGCAGAGGGCAAAUGGCUCUUCCAGGGUUUCCGACUGGAGCAGUCCAAGCGAAAGGUGGGAGCACCACAUUGGUUUGCAAAAAGCACGGAAGUAGGAGACCAUCAUGGCUUUGUAUCACCAGGCAAAGAGGAGGACCUCAGCGGCUUCGAUCGGGUGAUCUACAUGCCAAGCAAGGAGACUCCCAUGGAGGCCCUUUGUCAGGGCUUGAAGUUGAUUCAGAAGGCUCAGCGUGCAGAUCCGGCACCAGAAGUCUGGUUUGUGCUUCGCGGCACUCAGGCCGUGCGGGCGGAGGAGUUGAAAGGCCAAGCAGUGCCGCUCUUUGCUGGACUUUGGGGCUUGGCCCGUUGCCUUCGCUUGGAGGUCCCAAAUGCCGUGUGUGGCUGCGUGGAUCUGGGACCUUUGCCAAAAGAUGUGAAAGCAACAGAGCUGUUGAAGAGGCUCCAGUCGCUGGAGACCCGGCGACAGGGCAAAGAUGGCCUGGAAGUGGAGCCGGAAGUGCUCAUUGGUGACGGACUGCUGGUCUCACGCUUGGAGGAGACCACUCCCAAGUUUCAAGAGAUCGACUUGGAGAAUUACCGCUUGGAGGAUGGGAGCUACGGUCUCACUGGCGGUACUGGUGGCCUGGGCUUGCUCUUCGGCGCCUUCUUCGCUGAGAAGGGAGCCACACAUCUGGGGCUCAUCUCAAGAAGCGGCAAAGUGGCGCAGGAUCCGGCCUCUCAGAGCACUUACCAGCGUCUCCUGGAUACCAAAGCGCAGAUCUCCUUGAAGGCCUGCGAUAGCGCGCAGGCUGAGGCGGUGACUGCUUGCUUGAAGGAGCUGAACGCUGAGAAACCACUCAAGGGCCUUCUGCACGCCGCUGGCGUGCUGGAUGAUCACCUCAUCAUGGACUUAGAAGCUCAACACUUCACUCCGGUACUGAAUCCCAAAAUUGAUGGCACUCUGUGGGGAGACCCAGAGGUCAAGUCCACGGCGGCGUUCUUGCCAUCAGGCGUCGUGUACAAGAUUGUCAAGAACCUUCACAACGCGCUGAAGAAGCUGGGAUUGGAAGGAGAUGGCAAGGUGAACAUGUUUGCACUCUUCUCCUCGGUUGCAGCCAUGCUGGGCUCGCCUGGACAGGCCAACUACUGCUCUGCCAACACCUUCCUGGAUGCCUUUGCCCUCCACCGCCGCGGGCAAGGCCUGCCAGCUGUAUCAGUGCAGUGGGGCCCCUGGGCAGAAGUGGGUAUGGCCGCACGUGCGGGCACCACUGAGAGUGGCGGCUACUUGCGCCUGGAUCCGGCCGCCAGCUUGCAGGCGAUGGCUGCGAUCCUCUCGUUGCCGGUCAGCUUGGUGGGCGUGGCGCGCCUCAACUGGUCUGCUUUCCUGGCAGCGCAGCCAAAGGUGCCGCCCUUCUUGGAGAAUUUCCAGCAUCACAAGAAGUCCUCAGGCGUUAAGAUGAGUGGCGGUGUGCCCAAGGAUUUGGUCAACUCCACCAUCAUCAACGUCUUGUGCGAUGUCUUAGGUGAUGCGGAUUUGUCCGACUUCUCAGUACCUUUGAUGGACAUGGGCUUGGACUCUCUCUCUGCUGUGGAGUUCCGGAACCGCGUGCAGGCCUCUUUUGAUGGGCUUCAUUUGGCGUCCACUGUCAUGUUCGACUACCCCACCGUGGCCGACCUCACCGACUACAUCGUGGCCCAGUUCAGCGAGGGCGAUGAAGAAGCGGACGCGGCGUUGGGAGGUGGCGUGAAAGACCUGGAUGCCAAUGAGCCGUUGGCGGUGAUCGGCAUGGCUGCACGCUUCCCCGGAUGCCAUGGGAAUGGAUCCAACGAGUAUUGGGCCAUGAUCUGCGCGGGCAUGGACAUGAUCACUCCUGUGCCAAUUGAAAGAUGGGACAAUGAACUCUAUUACGACCCCGACACCUCAGCGCCCGGGAAAAUGUAUGCGCGCUUUGGCGGCUUCAUCUAUGGUUUAGAGGGCUUCGACAACAAGAUGUUCGGCAUCGCUGAAGCCGAAGCCCAGGCCAUGGACCCACACCAGCGGAUCCUGCUUGAAGCGGCAUAUGAGUCUUUCUGGAAUGGUGGCUUAGACAAGGAGCAGCUUUCCAAUUCCAACACCGGAUGCUAUGUCGGCUGUGCCACGCUGGGCGGGAUCUCUGUGCAGGACAUUGACAUUGGUCCCUUCACGAACAUCGGCUCCUUCCCAUCUGGGAAUUCGGGCCGCGUGUCGCACGCGCUUGGGCUGCGGGGGCCAUGCUUCACAAUCGACACUGCUUGCUCGUCUACCCUGGUGGCCUUGGACUGCGCUGCGCAAGGGAAGCGCUUGGGGAAGUGCGAUCGGAGCGCGGUCGCUGGCAGCAAUUUGCAGUUGUGCCCCAAUACGUGGGUGGGCUUCUGCAAGAUGGGCCUGGCUUUGUCGCCGGAUGGACGCUGUAAGACCUUCGAUGAGUCUGCGAACGGCUUUACCCGUGCAGAUGGCGCUGGCUCCAUCAUUUUGGAGCUGCAGACCGCUGCCGAGAAGAAUGGCAAGCAAGAGCUGGCCAUGGGCCUGGGCGUUUGCGUGAACCAGGACGGCCGUUCAGCCACCAUCACUGCGCCAAGUGGCCCUGCACAGCAGCGCUGUAUCAAUGCGGCCCUGCAGGAGGCCUCGGCGAAGGGCCUGGAGGUUUCGAUGGUUGAAGUGCACGGCACCGGUACCGCACUGGGCGAUCCCAUCGAGGUGGGCGGCAUGAAGAGCACCUUGGGCAAGCAACGGCUGGACGACAAUCCCUUGAUCCUGGCAGCCACCAAGUCUAUCAUCGGCCACACAGAGGGCUCUGCUGGUGUGGCAGGCCUCAUCAAGAUGAUUGCAGAGUUCAAUUAUAGGAUUGUGCCAAAGAACCUUCACUUGAAGAAGAUGAAUCCCAACAUCGACCUCACCGAUUUCCCAGUCAUCAUGCCCAGCAGCAUCAUCGAUUGGAAGGUCACCAGGGCCAUGGCCGGCACCUCCUCCUUUGGCUUCUCAGGUACCAACAGUCACGGCAUCCUGGAAGCUCCGAAAAAGGGCGAGGGUCGCGAUGUCCCCAUGGAGCGUGCGGAGAAGCUCAACUGGAAUCGCACCAUGCACCGAAUGUACCACGAGUGGUCUUCGGGCUAUUGGUUCUCCACCGAAUGGCGAUCCAUGGCACUGGUUGAGCAGGGUGACCUCAGCGAGACCUCACCAUGCUUGGUGGUGGGCGGCAACACCUUGGGCUCGGAGCUGCAGACUCUCUUGAGCGCGGAGCGUGUGGAUGCCGCAGGUGCAGCCGAAGCACUGAAAAAGAGCAGCUUCAAGUCAGUGGUUUUCUUUGCCACCUCCUCCGAUCCUCUCCUGACGGGUCCAACCUUGGGACAUCUCCUGGAGAUCUGUCAAACACUGGCUGAGCUCGGCCGGGCACGUUUGAUGGUGGUGACUGCUGGAGCGCAGGAGGCGAGUGACGCUGGAGAAGAGCAGAUGGGCAAGGGCCUGCUAGGUGCCGCGGCCUGCGGCUUUAUGCGUUCUAUGCCUUUGGAUGCCCCACAGCUCAAGACGCAGGUGGUUGAUCUGCCAGCGGCUUUUGAGAGCGAGAGUUGGGCGGAGAAGCUUCAGCUGGAACUCUCUCAAGAGGCCUUCGACGCAGAGGUCGCCUACCGGGGAGGCCAGCGGCAGGUGCCACGUUUGGCACGCUUCACACUGAAGCCAGGGGUAACACUCCUGGACGAUUUCGAGGCCACCCAGCUGGUCACUGGUGGUCUCGGUGGCCUUGGUCUGGUCACGGCCACCGGCCUUGCAGACUUGGGUGCUCGCAGCCUUGUUCUUUGCUCACGGCGUGGGCAAGUGGCCGCUGGUGAUGAGGUGGCGCAGCAGCAAUUGGAAGAGCUACAAGCCAGGCCCAACGUCAAGGUUACGGCCCUGUCGUGUGACGUGGGCGAUGCAGGCAGCGUCCAGAGCCUCUUGCAGCGCAUUGGCCAGGAGCUUCCCGAGAACCCCUUGGGCGGUAUUGCGCCACUUGGAGAGAGGAUAAGGAAUCUGGAGGAAUCCAAGAAAAGAGAAAUGAACAAACGAAAGGGCUCAGUAAACAAUGUUUAA